GACUGUUUAUGAUAUGGUAACAAUAAACUGCUUUGAAUCUGAAGAGAAAAAAAGAAAGAAGAAAGAAGUGAUGGACUUCCUAAAGACCGUCAUGUCAAAGACAUCCCCAGAAGUAACCCCUGACGCCCAAUCACCGGAUCCUGCAGCACCAGUAGUUGAAAAUCCCAUCGGAAAAGGGCAACAGUCUGCCAUGUUAAAUCGUUUAUUUGGGAAGGGCAGCUAUGAAUCAUUUGAUAUGAGAUGCAUGGUAACUGGCCAGUUUUCUGUUGGGAAAUCGACUCUUGUGAAGCUGUUAGCUGGGGAUGUCAUACCAGAUGGGCGACAUCCGACUGACGGCAUUUCACUUAUUGAAGGUCGCUGUGGCCUCGAUCUUGAGACGAAAGAUUGGAUUCUUGUUGAUCCAGAAGCUUAUAACGCUCUGGAUGUUGUGUAUAAUAAGGUGUUGAUGACUUCUCUUGAAGAAGAGGAAAGUGAACCAACAAAAAAGUUAGACCAGGCUUCAGGUACAAGCCCAACUGCCAGCAUUUCCUCUUUGCCCCUAGAAGCGUCUAAAGCAGCACUGUCUCUACCACUUCGGAAAUCCUCCAAUGUGCCUCCAACGGUAGUACAGAUGCAAAUGAAAACAAGAACCAGAAUGACAAAAGAAGAGAUAAGACGGAAAAUGGAAAAAGUCCUCAAAAGUGGGAAGUAUAAGAUGAAAGUUGGCCGUCUUAUCUUCUGGGAUUUCGGUGGACAAUAUGUUUAUUUAACAACACAUCAGACCUUCAUGACGUUCCGGGCAUUGUUUCUUGUAGUAUUUGAUGGGAGCAAAGAUUUACACGAACAGGUCCCUGAUGUGAUGUGUUUUCCAGGGCAGCACAUGACACCAACUCCAGCAGUAUUCUUGCAAUAUUGGGUAAAUUCCAUCCUGACCUACUGCAAGGUUGUAUAUGCAGGCAUUCCAAAGAUCUUGUUUGUUGCCACUCACAAGGACAAAGUACCAAGGGAGAAUGUUGAUACACGACGUGAAGAGCUUUAUAGUGGAAUUGAGGAGUUGUUUAAAGACCAUGAAGGACAACAUCAUCUGGUCCUUAGGCCUCUAAUAUUUGUCAAUGCCAAAGAUCAAGCUGACCCUGAAAUAGAAGUUCUGAAGAAAACAAUUACAGAACUUACAUUCAACCACCCAUGUUGGGGUGAAAGAAUGCCCAAUGCUUGUGUUCCACUAGAGCUUGAGAUCGCUGAACUGGUGGCAGAAGGGAAACAAAUUAUGUCAUUGGCUGAAAUUAAAGAAUUAAAUGCAAUCAGCGAGGUGUCUGUCCUGUCUGCUGAACAGCUGACCGAUUUCCUACAUUUUCAGCAUUCUCUAGGGAAGAUUGUGUAUUUUGACACACCACAACUGAGAGAUAACGUUAUCAUAAGUCCCCUUCUUAUGGUUGAAGUUAUGAGAUCCUUCAUUACUGAUGUUGAAUUCUGGCCAAAAGAAGUUAAAACAAGAAAAACCUUCCAAAAGAUGUCUGAAAAUGGAAUGAUUCAAAAAUUAAACCUCUAUCAGAUUUGGGAGCAAGAAGAAUUUUGUCGAAUUUUACCAUUUAAAGAGUACAUAUUCGAUAUGCUGAUACAUCUUGAUAUCGUAUCUGAACAGCGUAGAUAUGAUACAAAAACAGGAAGUCGGCUACCAGUGGAACAAUUCUUUGUACCCUGUAUGCUUACCCAAAGAAAUGAUACAGAUUUCUUGUUACAAGAAUGUACACCAGAGAGGACUGUUAGUUUGGCUUUUGUUUUUAACGGAACCAUUAUACCUCCAGCUUUACCGAAUCGUCUCAUAUGCGCAUGUCUCAGUAUGUGGACAUUGAAGCAAUACCGUGGAAGGAAACUUAUAUUUUCUGGGUUUGUUGGGUUAUCAUUUGAUAAAGAGCAUGAUAUCGUUGUCUGUGUAGAAGGAAAUAAGAUCUUACUGUACCUAGUCCACAAGCGCUCAAAGGGCCUGAUAGUACCCGAGAUAGCCACUAGUAUCAGAGAAUGUUUGCAUGUAACAUUGGAGAGGAUUUCAGAAUUUUAUCAAUCCACUGUCCACGAAAAAGUUAGCGGUCAACUCCCAUUCCACACUGAGUAUUCCUGCUCUAGAUUUAUCUGUUACAUUCCAGAAGAAAGGAUUGCUUUAAAAAUUGAUGAGUGCAUUUGUAACCAUGGCGACAACAUUAAACUCAACUGGAAGGUUUGGAACCAGGAACAGAAACAAAAGCAGUGUGAUCCGGAUUGUACAGGUUUGAGCGAAGAUGCAUUAUCUCAGAUCCCAAGUAACACAGAGUUGCUUCGUUUGUCUGUUAAUUGUGAGACACGCAUGAUACAUGAUUUAGCUCUUCAUCUUGAAAUGGAAGAAACAGAAUGGAAUGAUAUGGUAGAGAAUUACCCAAGAAAUACACAGAUGGUCAAGUUUUUAACACUUAUUGGUUUGAGAGAAAACAAUGGAAUACGUUUUGGAGAUUUGGCCCAAGGCUUAAUCCAAAUGAAGUUAACAACACAUACCUUAUGUAUGAUGAGGAGAAGAAAACAAAUGGUAUCUAGUAUUCCAGACGAUAUCUUAGAUUCGAUUCCUACUGAUGAAAUAUUAGAUAACAUAUCACCACAUAUUGGUAAAAUGGUCUUUCAACUAGGAACAGAACUUGGAUUGUCCAUAGCAGACUUGGAAAACAUAGACAAAUGUAAUUGUGACUUGACCGCCCAGAGUAAAGAAGUGUUAUUUAGGUGGAGGAGAGACAGAUCAGUAAAACCUACAAUACGUGUCCUUGAACAAGCUUUGGUAAAUAGUAGAAAAGGUGCAAGAUGUUUAGAGGAGAUUGUAAAGAAUGUUGAACCUAAAACACUGAGAGCUGUAGAAACCGUUACAGAUAGAAUCAGAGAUAAUGCAGACAGAAUAAUACAAGAAAUACAAACCAGCCAGAUUUUGGAUCAUAUGAUGACACAAUUGGUGAUAUCAGUAGAUGACAGACGCCGUAUUGAACAACAUGCCGGACAAGAUGACCAGAACAGAGCAUUGCUGGAUAUUGUGAUUAAAAGAAGAGAACCUGCGUAUGGUGUAUUUGUUGACGGAUUAUAUACCUAUGGAUAUGAAGAGCUCGCAAAUGAUUUGAAAUGUGAUUCACAAGAAAUAAGCCCAUGUGCAGCACUAGUACCCGCUGAUAAUGAAGGCUUAUCAGUCAAGAAUGUUCCAUUGUAUAAAGUUCGUCUACAGAAGAAUUAUCUCAAGGUUAUUACUGAUAUAACUCAUGAGAGCAUAGUAGAUCAUCUAAUAUCAAGAGAGGUAAUGUCAGUUGAUGACGGGAAGAAGAUAGAAUCUGGUAAAACCCCACAGGAAAAGAACAGGAAUUUAAUGGACAUGCUUUUGCGUAAAAAUGAACGAGGAUUUAUUGAAUUUCUUAAAGCUUUAAGAAAAGACUCAAUUUACAGAGAUUUAGCAGAUCAAAUUGAAAACACAGCAGUUACGAGUAGAGAUAUAGAAAUCCUUAAAAAGUGCUGUAAAUAGAAUUUAUAAUAAUAUUUCUUUCAGAAAAAAAAACCUAUACACAACAAGUUAAAGAGAGCAAGAUCAAACGCCUGUAAACAAGCAAAAGAAGGAGGUAUUACCAUUACUCAAAAGUUUGGUCACUUAAGUAAUCAAAGUGAAUGAAUCACACUAUACUAGUUAUAACAUUCUCAUAUAUUCAACAUAUGAUUGUCAUGGCAAGAAAAAAAAACUAAAACAUGUUCAAAUCUUCACAAGUGUUCAUUCCCUAACAGAUAUGAUAAUUUGGAAGAGUCAUGACAUAUUUUGGAUAAAGAAAUAAAUUUAGUGUAUUUUAGUAAGUCUAUUUGAAGUAAACGUAAUUACCAGUUUAUUCAGGCCACCUUUGACCGAGGGUUUAAACCUUAGUGUUUUUGCUAUUUCAAAAUUUUGUAUACAGACAAUUUUCAAAAAUGAUAUUUCAAGACAACACAGAAAUCCUGAGCUGGUGAUAAUCCUGGGAUCAAAACAUUCGCCAAUAGUGGCAUUCACACUGUAAUUGUAAAAAAAAACUUGUUACAAUACCUAAUUUAUAAUGUGUUAUGCCAGAAGUGUGCAUAUUUGUUAAUCAACUGCUCUCAGAAAUCAAUUACCAAUAAGAUGACCUUCAUUUAUAUAAUUAAAAAACAUCAUUUAGAAGUCAGGAAGAGAUCAACCUGUGCUUUUAAAAUUAUUUAAUUAUGUCGAUCUUAAAAGCGUUAAAUUCUACCAUGAUAUUCAAUUUAGGUCUGAAUUUCAAGUCUAAUAAAUAAAAAAGUAUACACAUUUAAAAUAGCUAAUUCAGAGACCGAAUCUUGUCGUUGUGUUGUUUCUGAAUUUUAUUUUUUGAUAGUGGUUUGUUGUAUAUGGCGUUAAUCACACAACUACUUUUCAAUGUUCAUUUGUAAAUAAAAAAAAGUAUC